AUGGAUUCGUCAUCCAUCGUCAGUUUUAACAAUGAUUCUACUUUCCAAACAACAUUGAAAGGUGACUGUAACAACAUCAGCGUUCAUGAGUUAGCUCUACAUGCUAUGAGAGAUCGAUGUUUAUUAUUACAAAGAAGAAUUAACGCAUUGGAAACUGAUAAUAUGCGAUUAAAACUGGAUGUCGUAAAAGCGUCAGAGUGCUCAACAUACACACCUAUGAAAGAAGACGAAAAGCUGGCAUUACACCAAAAAAUUGCAGAGCUAAACAAACAAAAGUCAAAACUCAUGCACCAUGUUUUCAUGGUUCAAUGUGAAAAUAAAAAUCUGUGGAAUAAAAUCUCCACAUUAAAAGGUCCUGAUAAAUCUAACAAGCAGCCUUUACUACGUACUAACACAUACAUUCACAGCACCCCAAAAAAUAGUUCACAUUAUCAAGAAAAGUAUUCAGAAUCAAGUUUGGAAGAAAUAUCUUUGAAAUUGAUAAAUAGUUACAUUCAAGAGAAGUCACAGUUGGUUGAACAAUAUGAACAGAUGGCCCAGCUGCAGGAUAUGGAUGAUGAUAUCUUGAAUGCUGACUCAAUUGGCUUUACAUACAUUGAAGAUCCACCUACAGAUUCACUUAAAGAAAUCCGAUGUCAAACAGAAAAAUUGCAGACUAUGAAGAAGGAGCUUAUACAGCAAGAAACUGAUUUAAAGUUAAUAAUAUCUAAAGUAGAAUCUGUGUUAAGAGAUGGGUACAAGUGUCCAACAUGUAUUGCCAACAAUGCCAAAAUUACAACAUCGGAACAUAAAGAGAUUGAGACAAGUGACAGUCUCGCUAAUUGGGCAACACCAGCAGAUUCUAGCACAUAUAAUAACAAUUACAGUGAAUUAAACACAUCUGCUUACAAAAAAAGUAUUUUAGAAGAAAGUGACAAAGAGAAUGUCGAUGAAGCUUGUGAUAAAAUUUGUCCAAUGUGUGGACAGACAUUCCAAAAAGAAAUAGCUUUUUCAGAUUUCCAGUCUCAUGUUGAAAAUCACUUUUUAGGGGAGGCUGAACCUGACUCUAUUACUGAUAACUUUGAUAAUGUUCCAAAUUCAUUUGAUAAUAUUAUUUAA